CAUUCAAUUACAAUGUGUCAUUUCUUAGUUUGAAGUUUCAAACACAUUAAAAAAAAAUUCUCUUCUCAAUUUUUGAAUUUUAACCAUGUCAAUGGGAAGGAAAGGUCAUGGUCGUCAAAAGAUUGAGAUGAAAAAGAUGAGCAAUGCGAGCAACCUGCAAGUGACUUUCUCGAAGCGUCGCAGUGGGCUCUUCAAGAAAGCCAGUGAACUUUGCACACUUUGUGAUGCAGAUGUUGCUCUCAUUGUAUUCUCACCGGGCGAGAAAGUGUUUUCUUUUGGUCACCCACAUGUUGAUACGGUCAUAGAUCGUUAUCUAUCACAUGUUCCACCCCAAAACAAUGAUGCCAUGCAAUUCAUCGAGGUUCAUCGUGGCGCCAUUUUGCGUGAGCUCAAUAGUCAGCUAACUAAAAUCAACAAUAUGUUGGACAUUGAGAAGAAGUGUGGUGAUGAGCUGAGCCAUUUGCGCAAGGCAAUUGAGGCUCAGUUUUGGUGGGCUUGUUCCAUUGAUAGAAUGAAUAGAGCUCAACUUGAAUUAUUCAAGAAGGUUUUGGAGGAACUUAAGAAACUUGUUGCACAAUAUGUUGGGCUUGUAAUUCAGGGUGCACCUAUCCAAACUAUUCAACCCCAAUUUUUUCAAAAUCCUAUGAUGCAACCUCAUUCUUCUAAUUUCAAUAAUAUGGGGGGAAGUGGCGGAUAUGAAUUCUCUCGAUUCUUUUGAUCAGAUGACUUUGAUCCUCCUUAUGAUGCCCCGAUGAAUAUUUAUUUUUCAUGUUGUGUUAAUCAUUUUCAAUUAUAGCACACAGUUUUAACAAGUUUUAUUUAUGAGAUUUGGUUAUGACUGAAUUUGAAUCUUUUGUUUUAUGUUGUAUUAUGUAUUGUUGAAAUAAAGGGCAUCUUAUUUAUUUAUA